GACAAACUAUAGUGUAAAUAUAAAUAUAAACAGUAUGGAGUGACAAAUGUUACAGGAUGGAACAAAUAUAAAUAUAAACAGUGUGUAAUAUGGUACAGUAAUAUAAACUAAUGGUAAAUUAGUUUAGAUAUAAUAGAGAUAAACUAUAGUGUAAAUAUAAAUAUAGACAGUAUGGAAGUGACAAAUAUAACAGGAUGGGAUAAAUAUAAACAGUAUGAAGUGGUAAAUGUAAACAGGAAUAAAUAAGUAAUAGUGCUGGAGCUGAGUCACAGAAAUUGAACAGGAAACAUUGCACAGUGAUAUUGCACUUAAUUGCUUAGUAAUCUUACACAAUAGUAUUGCACCUGUUUUUCGUUUAAGGACAGACUGUGGGUAGUUAUUGUAGUUAUAACAGCCUGAUGGCCAGGAGAAAGAAACUGUUUCUGAAUCCUGUUGUUCUGCAAAGAAUGCUGUGGAACCUCCUGCCUGACACCAGCAGGGUGAACAGAACAACAUUGUGGGGGUGGGUGGGGUCAGAGUGAACUUGGUGAGCUCUGUGUGCUACGUCCUGGAUGGGGGGAAGUGGAGUCCCAAUGAUCUUCUCUGCUGUCCUCACCACUCUCUGUAGAGACUUCCAGUCUGAGGCCUUGCAGCUUCCGUACCAGACGGAGAUGCAGCUGGUCAGCAGGCUCUCGAUGGUCCCGAUGGUGUGUAGUGACCAGCCGAGGUCGUCUGUGACGUGCACCCCCAGGAACUUGAUGCUGGAAAACAAACCAACUUUGCAGAUUCACUUUUCUUUGAGCAGUAAUGUCUCUGGAUACUUAGAGAUGUGCUUUGGCAACUGUCUAGAAUCAAAGUGAAUCUGUGCCAUUGUGAAAAGAACCACAGUGUUCUUCUUUAUGACUGAGAAUGGUUGAUGGUGACAGUGCAUAAAGAACACAAUGCAUGCAUGGGAUUGAGAAUCAAGUUGGAAAGUAUGACAUUAAACAGUCCCACAGUAGAUAAAAGGUGAUAAUUGCCUAAGCUGCUUUGUACUAUUAUAUGUAUUUAAUUAACAAAAAUGCCUCGGGGGGAAUUAAGUUCAGAAGCACAACUUAAAGCACAGGUUCUUCCAGUUUAUGUCACUCAGAGUUGUUACUCUGUCAGUUUAGACAUCAGUGGAUCAGAGCAUCAUGGCCGUGAACGUCCCUGGAGUGGUAAUGAUGGUGCUUUUCUACCUGCUGGUCCUCGGGACCGGGAUCUGGGCUGCUUUCAAGUCAAGAAGGGAGCAGAAGAAAAGUAAAGCCAAUAAAAUGGAGAUGGCUCUGCUGGGAAACCGAAGCAUCAACUGGAUGGUGGGGAUCUUCACCAUGACAGCUACGUGGCUUGGUGGAGGAACAAUAAUUGCCACAGCAGAGAUGGUGUACACGCCCUCUAUAGGUCUAAUUGAAGCAGGCAUCAUGACUCUUGCAUUCAGCAUAUCUUUUGUUUUAUGUGGUCUGGUGUUUGCUAAACCCCUGAGAGAACUGAACUGCGUGACAAUGAUGGACCCCUUUUAUUUCAAGUAUGGAAAAGUGAUAACAGCUGGACUCUCGUUGUCCUCACUUUGUAUCGACUUGACCUGGUUUCCUCUUACGCUCACUGCGUUAGGAGGAACCAUGAGUGUUAUCUUGGACUUGUCCUACAAUGUGUGUAUCUGGAUCUCUGCUUCUGUUGCCAUCAUCUACACACUGCUGGGAGGUCUCUACUCUGUGGCCUACACUGAUGUCAUACAGCUGAUCCUCAUAUUCAUCAGUUUGGUGAGUUUGUUGUAUUUCUGAAUCUAAUAUGAAGUUGGAG